UACAAAUAUGCCAAGUCUAUAUUAUUAAUUAAUUUAAAAAUCUCCAUUUUUGAGGAGUAUAUAUUGAAUUGUUUUGAAGUACGUCAAUUGUACACGUGUAUUUUAUAAUAAAUAUUCAUUAUUCUAUUUAAUGAGUGUGGAAGAUAAUAUAAUCAUAUAAUUUGAAUUUGAAUUUGGAGAUAAAAUUUGACCUUUUUCUACCUCUAUUCUAUCGGUGUUGCAUAAUUUGUCAUUUCUACGUCAGAAGUUAGUUCAGCGUCUACUGUCAAAUUAGUAUUCAGUUUUACGUGCGACUUAAAGAAAAAUUAUCUAUAAUUAUUUUUAAUGUAUAAGAUGGCGGUAAGUUUGCCAGAAACUUUAAAUAUGAAUGAAUUACCUGUCAAGAAACUCAAACUUAAUGUACCAUCUCUGAAUGAAAUAAAUGAAGUUAUUUUGCCGGAGUUAUCAAAAAAUUUUGAAACUGUGAGCAUUGAAAUAGUACAAUGUCCUGAUCUAACACAACCGCCAUUCUACUUGGCUGCAGAAGGAUUAAGCGGAAACGAAAACAUAAUUGAUGUUGGAAGUCCUUCUUAUUUGCUUCCAUUAGUCAAUAGAAAUAAAGUUUAUAAUUUUAAAGAUCUUAAACAAGUAACAGGAUCUGAUCCAAUAUUUAUUAUUGGGGCUGGUGCUGGUCCGUGGCCAUAUAGUGGUGUCAAUUGUGAGUUGGCCGGAAAUGUUUAUUCAUCUUGUAACAAUGUUAUAAAUGGUACGAGACUUGUUAAAGUAAAUCCAAAAAAUAAAAGUUAUAUUCUUGAAAAGUUACCUACCAAUGAAACUAGAUUUGCGUUGUUAGCUAAUUACUACUCUAGCAACGGACUUAAAGGAGAUGUUUUACGCAUAGUAUGUGAAAAACGUAUAGGUUCAUUGGAUUUUGUUACUUCGAUUAGACAAGCUUUAUCAAAGUUUUAUGGAAAUCAAGCAGUUGGUUUAGGAGGAGUUAUUUUAAUGGAAAAUGGUAAAGUAAAUGUUCAUGUUAUGCCUGAUUUUUCAAAAACGCCUAUCAAUUCAGACGAUGAUCUAAACAAAUGGUUAAACUUUUUUGAAAUUCCCACGCCAUUAGUCGGCUUAGGAUAUCUUGUGUCACACGAUCCAGGUUUAGAUUUGAGACCACAGCAUUUUCAUUUGUUCAGUGAACACGGUGCAGGUGGUCAUUAUCAUUACGACACACAACCAGCUACCAUUAAGUACACUGCGUAUUUGAAUUUAGCAAAAAAUCUGUACAGAGUUGAUCAACCAAUUGAUGGUGUUUCAUUUGGUAAAGAUUAAACACUACUAAAUAAAAGGAUUACACAUUCACAAAUUAUUUUAUUUUGUUCAAUAUUAAAUUUUGUAUUAAUACUAGAUUUAUUUUUAUACCAAGUUAGAUACAAGUAUACCAUUAGUUACUCGACAUAAAAAUAUUUCCAUGUGUGAUAUUAUUACUAUUUUUGUAUUUUAAUAAUAAUGUUUUAUUUGAUAAAUAUGAAACAUAACAAGAUCAAUUAAUCGUACAGUUUCAAAUAAUUUUAUUAAAAUUAAAUUAUAGUAUUUUUCAAUAGAAUAUAAUUUUAUUACAUUA